UUGAGCAGGAUGCGCCAUUUUAGUGCGUCUUCAGCCAUCCGGCAAGAUGGCGGACUUGCUUUGUCUUCUGUGAUCUGGGUGAUUCAAUAUUCAGUAUUUUUAACCGAAAUAUUGACCGGUCAAAAUUUCAGGAACUUUGUUUCGGGAGAGAGGUGUCACCCACUCCACGUGUCUUUGAUCAACUAGACAUGACGACAGAGAUCUGCAGUGCCAGCAAGCUGAAUACGUUGGUGACAAAACUUCAUGAAUAUCUGGGUCAUUCUUCUGACGACGAAAGCAGCAAACUCCCGGUUCCUGGGCAUUCUCACGGUAAAAUGAGCAAGGUCUCCACUGAAGCAAACACUAUAGACAACAACAUGGAAGAGCCAGGCAGCUCAGCGGAGGUUCCAAAGCCCUCCUCUUCUCGCUCCAAAAGGAAACCGUCCGUGGUAACGAAGCACACUGGGUUGGACGAGUCGGACACUUCAAACGACAGCGGGAACGAGAACGCCAUGCCCACGCAUCCGUCAGACUGCUCCCUCGAUAUGAGCAGCUUGCCGAAAGGUACUGUGGUAGUGAAGCCAGAACCUGUAGGAAACGAAGCCAAAGAUGACUUCAGGGGCCCUGAGUUCCGCAGCAGAGGAGCGGGGAAGCUGAAGUCGGAUUCCACGCGCAAGAGAGGCGGAGAGCACAUGCAUGGAAUCGUGAGCUGCACCGCAUGUGGACAGCAAGUCAACCACUUCCAGAAGGACUCUAUCUAUCAGCAUCCCGUGCUCAAGGUGCUCAUAUGCAAGUCCUGCUUCAAAUAUUACAUGAGCGAUGACAUCAGCAAGGAUGCAGAUGGGAUGGACGAACAGUGCAGGUGGUGUGCCGAGGGGGGGAACCUGAUCUGCUGUGACUUCUGCAGUAACGCCUUCUGUAAGAAGUGCAUCCUGCGUAACCUAGGCCGCAAGGAGCUGUCAGGUAUCAUGGACGAGGAUAGCCAGUGGUACUGCUAUGUCUGCAGCCCGGAGCCCCUGCUGGACUUGGUGACCGCAUGCAACAGCGUGCUGCAGAACCUGGAGCACCUGUGGUACCAACACCGCAAGCGUUCCAAGGCGGAGCAUGAGAAGUCUGCUCGGGAGUACGGCACGCCCAAGCGCACGCCGAAGGAGAAGGCCGCGCUCAACGGCAGGGAGCAUGGCGUGGACGGCCUCAGUUCCGGCACCCUGACGUUCUCCUACAAAGCGCUUAAGGUACCGAAGGAGCUGGCUAAGAAGACCAAGAAGCUAAUUGAAACCACGACGGGCCUGAACAAUACAUUUGUGAAGUUCAUUCAGCAGGGCUCCCAGGACCAGGGAACGAAUGUGGUCAGGCUGAGGCACCUGAAGGCAUUCAGGUCAGUACUGGAAGACCUGAAGAAGGCCCACAGUGCCAUGGAGGUAGCCUUGGAGAAGGAAUUUAGAGACCUUGAGCUGCAGAAUGGGCAAGAGAAGGCAGCAACCUUGAUAUCACAGAGGCAAUGUAUGGAUGGGGAGACUGAGGUUGCUGACACCUCCGACAAUCAUGUUGGAGAACAAGACUGUGUGAAUAAUUUAGCAGAAGCUGCUGGCGAGUGUUGUGAGGAUGGUAGAGCCGGGCAUACUGACUCAGAUGUCGAGAUGAAGGGAAGCCCCGAUUCUUCACCCCAGAAAGUUCUAGAAGUCCCAGAAGAAAGCCAAGCCAAAGAGAAGGGUGCAGACUCUGAGAAGGACACGGACUGCAAUGAGGAGUCUGCAUCAGCGGGCGAUGCGUCCGACGACAAAGAUAUUGUCUCGGUCCCGGUCUCUGUGCCUGACGAGCUUUUUGAGAUGAUGGAGGCUGCUGCGGACUCCUCAGGGGUGGCAGAGAGGAAUGAGCUCAUUGUGACCAAAAGUAGGAAGUCCUCAAGGUCAUCUGCCACCCGUGGGAAGUCCCCCGAUUCAGCAAAGGGUGCCCCGGCCAAAGUUACUAAAAGUCUAGUGGUGAAACUGACUCCUGUACCUCUCAAAGGAUCUCCGGAAUCCAGCUUGGAGAUCAAGGAGGCGAACACGAGUGAAAUAGAAGAGCCAGUGGCUUCUGAGCAGGAGGCUGAUGGAGACGUGGACGGGGCUCAGUUGCAGGAGGAAGGUUCGGAGAACAGACGAUCGCCGCGGGUGAAGACCACACCCCUGCGGAAACCGGCCGACAGCAAGAGCCGGCCCGCCCAGUCUCAGGACAACAGCGCCAGUGACACGGACAACGAGGGAUCCGCAGAGGUGGAAGCCCCCCAAAACGGGGAGGAGAACACGGCAGAGUGGGAGAGUAAACCGAAGAGAGCCGCGGCCUCCUCCAGCAGGGCAGAUGACUCGGACUCUGACGAGAUGCCAGCAGUUUUGCUCCAGACGGCUGCCAUGAUGCGCAGCUCGGACGUAGGGGAGAGUGGGGACGAAGUCACGCCCAAAAGUGUCCGAAAGUGCCUGUUCCAGAUCAACAAGAAGACGUCGCAGUCGAAGGAGAGGAAGGCCACAAAGCGCAAGCUAAAGCACGGAUCCUCAGACUCAGACCAGGGCGACAAAAAAAGCACAUCAAAGAAGGCUGCCAAGAAGAUGAAGGAGAAGGGCUCCGACUCCUCAGACUCAGACCUGGAGAAGGAGAUCAAGAGUCUGAGCAAACUCAACACCGUCAAGAAAAGACUCCUCCGAGAAAAGAAAAAAGACGACGAGGAGUCUGAUGGGGGGAAAGAUGAGAAGCCGUCAGCGAACGUGGCGAAGGAGAGGAAGAGGCCAGAGGGGGCGAAACGCCGACCGAAAGCCAAGAGCACUGCGAGAAAGUCAGCUUCAUCUUCCAGUGAAGAGGACGAGGGAAACGAAGACUCUGGAGAUGACAGUGGCGACCAGCAGAAGAUCAAACCCAUCACAGAAGAGGUGAUGGCGAUGGCCACAGAAACAUUCCAACAGUCUUCAGGUGAUGAGGCCGAGAUCAAGCCUGAACCAAUAUUAAUGGCUGACGAGGAUGAUGACCCAGAGAACAGAAUCGCCAAGAAGAUGCUUCUGGCCCAAAUUAAAGCCAACUACUCUUCGGGCGAGGAUAGCUCGUCAGACAACGAGGACUCUGAAAAGGAAGACAAGAAGAAAAACAAGAAAGCAGGCGAUGAGGAAGAGGGGGGAGAUGAGGAAGAGAACGAGGCAUCUGACUCGGGCUCCGACUCCGACGUGGAUGUGAAGAAGACGCGCCACCGACACCGUCUCCUCCGCCACAAGCUGUCGCUGAGCGAGGGCGAGUCCGGGGACGAGAAGCCUGCCGGCAAGGCCAAGAAGGAGGGCAAGAGGAAAGCCCGAAGGAAGGUGAGCAGCGAUGACACCGCCGAUUCUGACUUCGAGGAGUCCGACGGGUCAGCCCAGAGCGGGGCGACAGGCAUGAGCGAGGAAGUCAGCGAAUCCGAUGAGGGCAAUCGUCGAAAGACGAGAUCAUCAAAGAAGGCGGGGGAGGAAAACCAGCGGAGCUACCACCAGAAGAAGAAACGACGCCGCAUCAAGGUGCAGGAUGACUCCUCCAGUAACGAGAAGAGCGGCUCCGGUGAGGAGGAUGGGGACAAGGAAGACGAUGCCGGCGAUGAUGAUGAUGACGACGAGUCGAAAAGCACGCCCAAGGGCCGAAAGAAGAUCCGUAAGAUCCUUAAGGACGACAAGCUGAGGUCAGAGACCCAGAACGCCCUGAAAGAAGAAGAGGAGAGGAGGAAACGCAUCGCGGAAAGGGAGCAGCUGAGGGAGAAGCUGCGAGAGGUCAUCGUGGUGGAGGAGGCCUCCCAGGUUCCCUGCCCCAUCACCACCAAGCUGGUGCUGGAUGAGGAUGAGGAGACCAAGGAGCCGCUGGUCCAGGUCCACAGGAACCUAGUGACCAAGCUGAAGCCCCAUCAGGUCGACGGAGUACAGUUCAUGUGGGACUGCUGCUGCGAGUCUGUGAGGAAGGCGAAGAAGGCAUUUGGCUCGGGGUGCAUCCUGGCCCACUGCAUGGGUCUGGGAAAAACUCUGCAGGUGGUGACCUUCCUGCAUACCAUGCUGCUGUGUGACAAGCUGAACUACAGCACCUCCCUGGUGGUGUGCCCGCUCAACACUGUCCUCAACUGGUUAAACGAGUUUGAGAAGUGGCAAGAGGGCAUGAAAGACGAGGAGAGCCUGGAGGUGACUGAGCUGGCCACGGUGAAGAGGCCGCAGGAACGUGCCUAUGCCCUGCAGCGCUGGCAGGAGGAGGGCGGAGUCAUGAUCAUUGGCUACGAGAUGUACCGCAACCUGACGCAGGGGAGGAACAUCAAGAGCAAGAAGCUCAAGGAGAUCUUCCAUAAGACGCUGGUAGACCCAGGCCCGGACUUCGUUAUCUGCGACGAGGGGCACAUCCUGAAGAAUGAAACCUCCGCCAUAUCCAAAGCCAUGAACUCCAUCAAGACGCGACGGAGAGUGGUGCUGACGGGAACGCCUCUGCAGAACAACCUCGUCGAGUACCACUGCAUGGUGAGCUUCAUCAAGGAGAACCUCCUGGGCUCAGUCAAGGAGUUCCGCAACAGAUUCGUCAAUCCCAUCCAGAACGGCCAGUGCGCUGACUCCACGCCGGUGGACGUCCGCGUCAUGAAGAAGCGCGCCCACAUCUUGUACGAGAUGCUGGCAGGGUGCGUGCAGAGGCGAGACUACACGGCCCUGACCAAGUUCCUCCCGCCGAAGUACGAGUACGUGCUGGCAGUGCGCGUGACGCCCAUCCAGUGCAAGCUGUACCGCUAUUACCUGGAACACUUCACAGGUGUCGGCUCCGCGUUGGAGGGGGGCCGGGGCCGGGCCGGGACCAAGCUCUUCCAGGAUUUCCAGAUACUCAGCAGAAUCUGGACCCAUCCCUGGUGUCUUCAGCUGGACUACAUCAGCAAAGAAAACAAGGGGUACUUUGACGAGGACAGCAUGGAGGAGUUCAUCGCAUCAGAAACAGACGAGUCGUCCAUGAGCCUCACAUCAGAAGAUGAGAAGAUAAAAAAGAAGAAGCGAGGCAAGGGAAAGAAGGCCAGCAUGGACGAAUCGGACAGCGACGACCUGGAAGUUAUCAAAGAGUGGAACACUAGCUCCCGAGGCGGCAACCCUGAGGGGCGGAACCGGGCGGAGCCUGUGGAAGAAGUGAGAGCGACCUCUAGCUCCGGCCCCGGUAGUCCCUCUCCUGACUGGCACAAAGAUUUUGUGACGGAAGCUGAUGCCGAGAUUUUGGAUCAUUCCGGAAAGAUGGUGCUCCUUUUUGAAAUUCUCCGGAUCGCGGAGGAGCUUAACGACAAAGUCCUGGUGUUCAGCCAGUCCCUCAUUUCGUUAGACCUGAUUGAAGACUUCUUGGAGCUGGCCUGCAGGGCAAAGGAAGAGGAGAAGCCCUCUCUGUAUAAAGGAGAUGGGAAGUGGUUCCGAAACAUCGACUACUACCGCCUGGACGGGUCCACUGCCGCUACGACCAGGAAAAAGUGGGCCGAAGACUUCAAUGACACCAGCAACAUACGGGGUCGUUUAUUUCUCAUCUCCACGAGAGCUGGGUCUCUCGGAAUCAACCUAGUAGCUGCUAACAGGGUCAUUAUUUUCGACGCCUCGUGGAACCCCUCCUACGACAUUCAGAGUAUCUUCAGGGUGUACCGGUUCGGCCAGCUGAAGCCUGUGUUCGUGUACCGGUUCUUGGCGCAGGGAACCAUGGAGGAGAAGAUCUACGACCGGCAGGUGACCAAACAGUCGCUGUCCUUCCGAGUGGUGGACCGGCAGCAGAUCGAGCGCCACUUUACCAUGAACGAGCUGACGGAGCUCUACACGUUCGAGCCCGACCAGUUGGAUGAGCCCAACUCGGAGAAGAAGAGCAAACGGGCCACGCCCAUGCUGCCUAAGGACCCACUUCUGGCAGAGCUGUUGCACAGCUUCAAGGAGCAGAUUGUGGGCUACCACGAGCACGACUCGCUGCUGGACCACAAGGAGGAGGAGGCCCUGAGCGAGGAGGACCGCAAGGCCGCCUGGGCCGAGUACGAGGCCGAGAAGAAGGGUCUCUCUCUGCGGGUGAACCAGCCGUCCUACAACCAGAUGGGCAUGGCCGCCCCCAACUCCUACUUCCCCUUCAACGUGGCUGCUCUGGCCACCAUGACCAACCAACAGCUGGAGGAUCUUGUUAACCAGGGGAGGCAGAAGGUGAUCGAGGCCACUAACGCACUCAAGUCCCUGCCUAGGGAGUCCCUGGAUGAAACCAUGCAGCGGCUGCGCGUGGAGAACCGCAGCCUGACGGAGGCACAGGUGCAGUCCAUGGCCCUCGGGCAUCAGGCGAGCCUGGAGCUGGAGCUGAAGCGACGGGAGGCCGUGUACCGCGACGUGCUCAACAAGCAGCAGACGCUGAUGAUGUACGUGCAGAAGGUGAUCACCAACAGGAAGAUGCAGGAGCAGCAGAUCGCCAUGGCGAACCGGGCCAACCUCCUGAGCCAGCUGGCCUUGCAGAACGGCAUGAUCGGUCCGGGGGGACUGAGCCAGAUGGAACUCCUGGGGCUUUACCAGCAAUUGGGCAGCCAGCUGUCUCACGCCCUGCAGAGUGUGCCCUCCACCACCACCCAGCUGAACAAAAACCCCGGCCCCUCCAAGGGCAACUAGCUGACUCAAAAGCACCCAAAACCCACCCCCCCAGUCGGCAUACUCUCUCCACUCUGCCAAGGGUUCCACCCUGAACAUUUCUGGACAGUGUGAUUUAAAACAAAUUUUAACCCUGAGAGAAGUAUGCAAAAUGUCUACGGACAAUUUGAAGGGGUAUGAAAACGUGCGUGUGUGUGUGUGCGUGUAUAUAUAUAUCCUUAAUGUUGUUCAACUUUUUUUUUUCCAUUUUACCAGGUAUUUAAAAAAAAAAAAAAAUUCCCCACAAAUGCUCUUAAGCAUUGCAUCAUUCUUUUCCUCACGAUUCCUUUUCCCCCUUAAAGGAGGGCUGUUAAUUAUUUAAAGUGUUUUUAUAUGUUACAUGAAAGCCUAAUAUAAAAGCCUAACACGUAAGUGGGACCAUAGUAUUGCUUGUGACACACUUCUGUGAUAUAGAAGCACCUGCCCUCUCGAGGCAAAGACACUAUCCCCCAAGUAGGUUCCUUCACCCAUCUCUGCGACGGACAGCUAUGAAGACACCUGGUUCUCUAGGAGAAUCGGGAGGCAACACCGGAGAGGAAUACUCAAACGAACGUUAUGGCCUUACGUCAAGUUCCUGCGCAACUUGUUAAAUGAAUUUUAAGAUGCAUCAGCUAUCUUUUUUUUUUAUUACCUUUUCGUUUUGUAUUACGCUUCGAAGCAGUUACGCUAGAUGUCGCUGAUCAUGGUAUGGAAUGCCUGUGUCGUCCAAAUCUGCUUGCUGGAUUCUCUGGACUUUUGUAACCUCAAGUUCUUGUUGUAAAGUGUUGCCUAGCAUAGUACUGUGGGUACAGUUCACUUUUUUUUUUUUUCCCUUUUGUUUUUUUUCGUUCCACUUGUGUUGUGUUCUACUUCGGCACAUUUCUCGCUUCUGAUGCUAACGCGUUAUAGAUGUCAUGACAAGGAACUAAAUUCUCUUAUCGGAGACUGUCAUCUUCAAAUUGCACAAGGUGUAUUUCAGUAAUAUAGAGGAACUUUUUAAUCCCUCGAGGAUGUUCUCAUGUUAGUGAAUACACCUCCUUGUUUUGCCAUUAAUCUGAUCUGCUAUUUACUAGAUAAGUAUUUAAUAUUACAUUUAAUAAAGUGACCAAAAGGGUGUUUUUCUCGUA